AUGCCCUCUAAAGCUCUCAUUCUCGUCGGUGGUGGAACCCGUGGUACCAGAUUCCGCCCCCUUUCCCUUGACAUCCCUAAAGUCCUCUUCCCAGUCGCUGGCAAACCUAUUGUGUCCCAUGCAAUCGACGCCAUUGCUGGUAUCGAUUCUAUUAAAGAAAUUCUUCUCAUUGGUUUCUAUGAUGACGCAGUUUUUAAGGAUUUCAUUGCCGAUUCCCAAAAACAAUACCCUGGUAUCUCUAUCAAGUAUCUCCGUGAAUACAAAGCCAUGGGCACCGCAGGUGGCCUUUACCACUUCCGUGAUGAAAUCCUUAAGGGUAAUCCCUCAAAGUUUUUCGUCAUCCAUGCAGAUGUUUGCUGCUCUUUCCCCCUUAAAGAAAUUGACACUCUUUACCUCGAAAAACAGGCAAAGGCUGUCAUUCUAGGAACUCGCGUCCACAAGGAUGAGGCUCGCAAUUAUGGUUGCAUUGUGGCCGAACCCAAAACUGGCCGUGUUCUUCAUUAUGUGGAAAAACCAGAGUCUAAAGUCUCAAACCUCAUCAAUGCUGGUGUCUACCUCUUUGAUAAAACUAUUUUCGACACCAUUGCAGAGGCUAAAACUGCUCGUGAUGAAGCUAGUGCAUCUCGUUUCGGUGAUGACGACCAAGACGUUCUUCGUCUCGAACAAGACGUUCUUGUGCGUCUCCCUCAAACUGGCUCCUUCUAUGUUUAUGAAACUAAAGACUUUUGGCUCCAAAUUAAAACUGCAGGCUCCGCCGUCCCUGCAAACUCCCUCUACCUCCAAAAACUCUUCCAAGCUAACCCCUCAGCCCCUGGUCUCCGUGCCCCCUCUGCUACUAUCGUCCCCCCUGUAUUUGUAGACCCCUCGGCUCAAGUCGACGACUCUGCUAAACUGGGUCCUAACGUCUCCAUUGGCCCCAAUGCCAAGAUCGGCGCUGGUGCUCGUGUUCGUGACUCUAUUGUUCUCGGCGGCGUCGAGCUCAAGCACGACUCUGUGGUUCUCAACUCCAUUGUUUCAUCCGACUCGAAAGUUGGCGCAUGGGCCCGUGUCGAGGGUACUGGCCAUCAUACUCCUGCAUCUGGCGCUCCCGAUGGUGUCACCAUUCUUGCGUCCAAUGUUUCUGUGGCCGAUGAAGUCCAUGUCCAAAACGUCCUUGUGUUACCCCACAAGGAAAUCAAGACUGACGUCAAGAACGAGGUCAUUAUGUAA